AUGGAUUCUGUGGUCGAGAGUUACGCAGGCGAUCAGGCGUUGAUGAGUGUGCAAAAUAGCACGAUCAGCGCCGGUGGUCUUCAGGGUGUUGUUCAGACCCUACAAGCCAUCUCAUACUGGAAGCUGUUCUUCACGGUUGUUUGUGUCGGUUUGGUCUGGGACCAAAUUUCGUAUCAAACUAAGAAGGGGUCCAUUGCGGGGCCAAGGUGGAAGUUCUGGCCCGUAAUCGGACCCUUUCUCGAGUCACUCGACCCAAAGUUCGAGGAGUAUAAGGCCAAAUGGGACUCUGGUCCAUUGUCGUGUGUUUCCAUCUUCCACAAGUUUGUUGUUAUUGCAUCCACAAGAGACUUGGCUCGUAAGAUCCUGCAGGGCCACAAGUAUGUCAAACCAUGUCUUGUCGACGUGGCUGUCAAGAUUCUGAGACCCUCGAACUGGGUCUUCCUGGAUGGCAAGGCACAUUCGGACUACCGUAAGUCUUUGAACGGACUUUUCACCAAGAGCUCCCUCGCCAAGUAUCUGCCAUCGCAAGAGCAGGUUAUGGACAAAUACCUCGAAAAAUUUGUAACUUUCUCUGCCGAGAACGACUUCAAGCCUCAGGUCUUUUUCCAUGAAAUGAGAGAGAUCAUGUGUGCUCUAUCGCUUAAAGCUUUCUGCGGGAGCUACAUCACUGAGAGCCAAAUCAGAAAGGUUGCCGACGAUUACUACCUAGUCACAGCUGCCCUCGAGCUGGUUAACUUCCCUAUUAUUCUACCAUACACAAAGACAUGGUACGGUCAGAAAACCGCCGAUAUGACUAUGAAGAUUUUCGAAAAGUGUGCGCAGAUGGCCAAGGACCACAUCGCUGCUGGCGGAAAGCCUACUUGUGUUAUGGACGCUUGGUGCCAACUGAUGCAUGACGCUAAGACUAAGAACGACGAGGAUUCUAGACUGCUUCACCGCGAAUUCUCAAACAGAGAGAUUUCUGAAGCCAUCUUUACGUUCUUGUUUGCCUCGCAAGACGCCUCCUCUUCGCUAGCUUGCUGGCUGUUCCAAAUUGUUGCUGACAGACCCGAUGUCAUGGAGAAAAUUAGAGAAGAGCAACUGAGAGUGCGUGACAAUGACCCUAACAAGCCGCUAUCUCUAGAGCUUAUCGAAGAGAUGAAAUACACUUACAUGGUUGUGAAGGAGACUCUGCGUUACAGACCACCAGUAAUUAUGGUACCAUAUGUUGUCAAGGAGAAGUUCCCAAUCGCCCCUAACUAUACUGCCCCUAAGGGUGCCAUGAUCAUCCCCACACUGUAUCCCGCGUUGCACGAUCCAGAAGUUUACGAAGACCCUGAAGAAUUUAUUCCUGAAAGGUGGGUUGAAGGGUCACCAGCGAACGAAGCCAAGAGGAACUGGCUGGUAUUCGGUUCCGGCUCUCACGUUUGUCUCGGUCAAACUUACGUCAUGUUGACUUUCACAGCCCUGAUUGGUAAAUUCGCCAUGUUCACGGACUGGAAGCAUGAGGUUACUCCUUUGAGUGAGAAGAUUAAGGUCUUUGCCACCAUCUUCCCUAAAGAUGACCUACAUCUUUCUUUCCGCAAGAGGGAUCCCUUGACAGGCAAGAUUGAAGUAUGA